CCGGGUUUUGUACUGUAUACACCCACUUCCGGGUUGUUUUUACAGUAUGAGAAAGGCGUGGAAAAGAUCUCAGUGAUCUCAGGGUGUGGUGGAGAUGAAAAUGUUGCUCGCGCUGCUCUGGGUUUUGUGGAGCUUCUUCUGCUUGACGGAGUGUGUGAAAGGAAAUGAAACGAGGCUGGAGAGAAGCGAUAAGUGUCCUGAAGGGAUUUACACAGUGAGUGACGGAAAACACUGCUGUCUCUGUCCUAAAGGUUAUCAUUUACUGAGCGACUGCACUUCACAUCUAACGGACCCUAAGUGUGAGAAGUGUGAUCUAGGGACGUAUUUGGAUCACGCAAACCAAGAGAGUAAAUGUGAACCCUGUACAUCCUGCGGGAAUAACGACAACAUGAAAGUCACACGGCAGUGUACUUUUUCUUCUGACACGGAGUGUAGCUGCCAGGACGACCAUUACUGCGAUAAAGGAGACGAGUGUAAAGUGUGUUACAGCUGCAACAAAUGUGGCGAGUUGGGGAUUAAAGUUGCCUGUAACCUCACGCAUGAUGCACAGUGUAAAGAAAAAGGGCCUGUAAUCACACCCGGCAUCACGGCGUUGAUCGUAACAUUAGCAGUAAUAUUAUUUAUAUCAGUAUUAAGUGUGUACUGCUUGAGAAAGAAAAAAAAGUUUUGCUUCAAAUCGCCGGAAAAUGAAGAAAUACCAGAGAAAUACUCGACCUUAUUGGAGGAAGAAGAUCUGGAUUUGGAAAGGUUCCUGCCCCAGAUUUCAGAGAUCCUGGGUUGUAAGUGGGCCCGGCAGGUGGUCCGGCGUGAAGGUUCGGUCCCUGAGGCUGCGUUAGACAAUAUCACAGAAAACAAUCCUAAUGCAGAGGAAAAAGCGUUCCAGUUUCUGAAGUGCUGGUACGAGAUGCACGGUAGGAGAGGAGCAUACAGAUAUCUACAGAGGAACCUCAAAGAAAUGAACCAGAACGCCAUGGCUGAAAAGGUGCAGGAACUUGUCUACAGAGCGAAUAAUGGAGGAGCGGAAGAAAACGGAGUGGUGUAGAUUUCUAGUGGAACUUUAAAGAUAAACCAGGACUCUAAUAGAUUUCAGAAAGUUUCGAACACUCAUCACAAAAAUAAAGCAGACGAGGAAUCUGUUUCUACACGUUGUCGACUGGAGAAGAUGAAGCUCACAAGAUACCAGUGAAUGGAAUGCUGUGAAAGUUCCUCCAUCGCUGAACACAAGAGAACUUCAGUUUAAAAUGGAUUCACUGAAGAAAGCAAAAUUUCAGAAAUAUUUUGAUGCUAAAAUGCGAGUAUUAAUGAUUAGCACUUUCUGUUUAUUUAUAACAAACCAAUUAUUUAUAAUCUUGUGUUGAGAUGAGGAUGAGGGUUCCCUUUUGAGUCUGUGGUUCCUCUAAAGGUUUCUUCAUCAUGGAGUCUGAGGGUUUCCAUCUCGUUGUCAUCACCUCUGGCUUGUUCAGUAGGAAUAGAUAGAAAGAAGCUGCUCUGUAAACGAGUGGAAAAGCUACAAAAACUACACCAUGUUACAAAAAACACCAAACUAGUGAUUUUGGCAAAACUUUAAUUUGACAUUUUUGGUCUUCUGAUGGAAAGGUCAAGAGUUUGGUUUAUUGCUUUUUAGAUUGUAGUUAUUUUUUAUGUUUAUUAUUUCCUUUAGACAUAAACAUGAAAAAUGCUUAAAAAUGCUAAUUUUAAGAUGCUCUGUUGGAUUUGUGUGUGUGUGUGUGUGUGUGUGUGUGUGUGUGUGUGUGUGUGUGUGUGUGUGUGUGUGUGUGAAUGAUAUAUAUAUAUAUAUUGGUGUGUUGAAAUAAACAAUUUUGUCAUUCUUUA